UCCUCGGCGGCGCCGGAAGUAGAAGCGGCGGUGGCGGCGGCCCAAAGCGGAGUGAAGGAGGGAGGAAGAGAGUCCGAGAGCUUAAGCCAGAGUCGCUGCGGCGGAGACCCCUGUGCGGUGAGGAGGGGGCGGGGGCCCCAACUCUGACCCGCGCGGGGGGGGCUGGGCCAUGGCGGAGAUCAGCGACCUGGACCGGCAAAUAGAGCAGCUGCGGCGCUGCGAGCUCAUCAAAGAGAGCGAAGUCAAGGCCCUGUGUGCUAAGGCCAGAGAGAUCUUGGUAGAAGAGAGUAACGUGCAGAGGGUUGACUCGCCAGUCACAGUGUGUGGUGACAUCCAUGGACAGUUCUAUGACCUCAAGGAGUUGUUCAGAGUGGGUGGCGAUGUCCCUGAGACCAACUACCUCUUCAUGGGGGACUUUGUAGACCGUGGUUUCUACAGUGUUGAAACCUUCCUCCUGCUGCUGGCAUUGAAGGUUCGCUAUCCCGACCGUAUCACCCUGAUCCGGGGCAACCACGAAAGCCGCCAGAUUACCCAAGUCUAUGGGUUCUAUGACGAAUGCCUGCGCAAAUACGGCUCGGUGACUGUGUGGCGCUACUGCACUGAGAUCUUUGACUACCUCAGCCUCUCGGCCAUCAUUGACGGCAAGAUCUUCUGUGUACACGGGGGCCUCUCCCCCUCCAUCCAGACCCUGGACCAGAUCCGGACGAUUGACCGAAAGCAGGAGGUGCCUCAUGACGGGCCCAUGUGUGACCUUCUCUGGUCUGAUGCCACAGACACGACAGGCUGGGGCGUGAGCCCCCGUGGCGCUGGCUACCUGUUUGGCAGUGAUGUGGUGGCCCAGUUCAAUGCCGCCAAUGACAUCGACAUGAUCUGCCGUGCCCACCAGCUAGUGAUGGAAGGCUAUAAGUGGCACUUCAACGAGACCGUGCUCACUGUGUGGUCAGCACCCAACUACUGCUACCGCUGUGGGAACGUUGCAGCCAUCUUGGAGCUGGAUGAGCAUCUCCAGAAAGACUUCAUCAUUUUCGAGGCCGCCCCCCAGGAGACUCGGGGCAUCCCCUCUAAGAAGCCUGUAGCCGACUAUUUCCUGUGACCCCUUGGCCCCACCCCUCCUGAGCUCUCUGGCCCUUGGACCACUGUGACUCUGUCUUCAGCUUGGCUCUCCCCGUGGGGGCAUUUCCAGGGCGAGGACUUCUCUGGAGAUUGUGGAGCCUUUGUACCAUGCUCCUCCUCUCCUUUCUCCCCAGUUGAACCAUGAAAUUUGUGGCAAAGUUUUUUUUUCUUUUUUUUU